AUGAAUAGCAAAAAACUGCACGUGGUUAUUCUAGCAAGUCCCGGUUUGGGUCAUCUCAUGCCGGUUCUUGUCAUCGGAAACCAUCUAGUCACCCAUCACGACGUUAAAGUCACGGUGCUAGUCAUCAAAACCAGCAUUUCCGGGCCGGAGUCUCAAAUCCUGAGCCUCGCUUCCGGCCCAGACGUCGAAAUACUCGAAAUCCCACCCGUCGACAUCUCUCACUUGGUCGACGCAAAUACUAAACUAGUGGCCCGAUUACGCAUUAUGUCCCGCGAGGCCUUGCCCGCUGUUCGUUCCGCAAUAGCUGGAAUGAAAGACCGGCCUGACGUGCUCAUCGGUGACCUUUUUUCCACCGAAGCUCUCGCCGUAGCCGCUGAGUUUAAAAUGCCCAAGUACAUGUACGUUGCGAGUAAUGCAUGGUUUACUGCCCUACUAGCAUAUACUCCGUUCCUCCAUGAACAAAUAGAUGGUCAAUACAUUGAUCAAACCGAGCCGCUGAAGAUUCCCGGGUGUAAUUCGGUUCGACCAGAGGACGUGGUCGACCCGAUGGUGGACAGGAAUGACCAGCAGUACAAUGAGUACUUGCGGAUGGGAAGGGAGUUGACGCAGGCGGAUGGAAUAUUGAUCAACACCUGGGAAGAUCUUGAGCCGGUUACCCUAGAAGCGUUCAGAGGGAAUGAUUUUCUGAAGAUGCCGGUUUAUCCGAUCGGACCGUUUACUAGACCAGUUGAAAAGAAUAAUGGUCUAAAGAGUGAGUUAUCCAAGUGGCUAGACAUGCAGCCGGCUGAAUCGGUUCUAUAUGUCUCGUUUGGGAGCGGCGGAACUCUAUCAGCUGAGCAACUCACCGAGUUAGCUUGGGGCUUAGAGCUGAGUCAACAACGGUUCAUUUGGGUGGUCCGACCGCCGGCUGAAUGUUCAGAUGGGUCAUACCUCACGUCAUGCAACGGUCCUGAUGGCAGCCCGGACUUUUUCCCGGAAGGUUUCUUGGAUCGGACCAAAUGUAUCGGCCAGAUUGUUUUGCCGACGAAGAAAGUUGUCUGCAGGAUGGAGAUUGAGGAAAUGGUGAGAACUAUCAUGGAGUCCAAAGAAGGUAGGGUCAUCAGGGAUAAGGCUAAAAAGCUUAAGGUUAGUGGAGAAUAUGCGACAAAGGUGGGAGGAUCCUCGUACAAUGCUAUGAAUGAUUUCCUUCAAGAUGCCAACAUGAGGUUAAACUCAAAUCAUGCUUGA